UUUGUCAACUCUGUCACUUGGACAUCUGAAGUGAAGAUCAACAGUGGGAAACUUCGAGGCUACGUUAGAGUAGUAAACAACACUGGCGGGCUCAAAGUCAGAGGAUACCUUGGAAUACCGUUUGCACAGGCAAAACGAUUUGAGCCCCCAGAACCUCCAAAAUCAUGGGACGGUGUUAAAGACAUGGUAACAUUGGGAAAAUCUUGCCCUCAAGUGCUAACUCCAUUUGGGGUAUCGAGGGUGGAAGACAUGAGUGAAGAUUGUUUAAACCUCAAUGUGUAUGUCCCUGACGACACAAGUAGCUCAUCACCUUUGCCUGUCAUGGUGUGGAUCUACGGCGGUGGGUUUUCUGUGGGUACCAAUCGUAUAUAUGAUGGUAGCUACCUCGYAACACUCGGUAAAGUAGUUGUUGUGGCCAUCAACUAUCGUGUGUCGGCCUUUGGGUUUUUAAACAAUGGUAAAGACGGUGAUAUCAAGGGUAACUAUGGUAUGUUGGAUCAGGUUGAGGCACUGAAAUGGGUCCAGAAAAAACAUCGCAGCAUUUAAUGGUGACCCCAAUCAAGUUACCAUAUUUGGUGAGUCUGCUGGGGGUGCCAGUGUAUCUUUGCUGUUGUUAUCAAAGCUU